GCAGCAGCAAGCAAGACACGCAGGACAGGAAAACCAAAAAAAGCAAGACCAAACGACCGGGAGGGAGCCAGUCCAGCGACCAUGGCAAUAUCCACCGCGUCUCCGCUCCCGAUCGUGUCCGAGCACCGCGCACCUCCACCCGGGUCGAGCACGGCACGGAGCCCGAGGGCGCACGACGACACGCAGCUGGGUCCGGAUGAAUGAGGAGCCAGCUGGGGGGCAAACAUGAGGGUCAUCUUCAUCCAGAACGCCGGUUUCGUCGCAGCUUUCUCGCCUGGUAGAAGUCGGCAGCGUUUCGGAGCACAGAUGAUGCGAGCGAGCCCCAAAUUAGGCACAAACAGACAUUACUAGUCGAUUGAGGAGUAGCUCGCUACUAUAUAUUUAUUAUUAGGUGAAGUGUAGACUAUCAUCUUGAAAUGAUAUUAUUAUACACUAUUGACACGAUAUGUAUGUCGUUAUUAUUAUAGACUUUUUUAUGCUUAGUGGACAAAAUAGCCUCAUUAACAAGACAAUCUGGAAAUGUUUCCAUGUUGACAAAUAUGACAAGUAGCUUGCGCGUUAUUCAUUGUAAUUUAUUUAUUUAUUACUAUUAUUAGGCCUAUAAGUAUUACUGUAUAUUAAUUAUCUUAUUGCUAGCUUAUUUACAAAGAAGUUAAAGUGAGAUGGCUUACUUGGCGCCCCGCCGUGGGGCAAGCCGCCCGGAGGCCUCCAGGGGCCAGAGCUUCGCGCCCCAACCGGCGGGGGGCGAGCCCCGUCACGCGUACGCGCUUGCCGGAGGCUCCCCCGAGGAGAGCCAGAGGAACCCCGGCGUGAAAAAACACCACCACAAGCACAACCUGAAGCACCGCUACGAGCUGCUGGAGACGCUGGGGAAAGGGACGUACGGCAAAGUCAAGAAGGCCAUUGAACGCCACUCUGGCAGAGAGGUGGCCAUCAAGUCGAUUCGGAAGGAGAAGAUCAGGGACGAGCAGGACAUGGUUCACAUCCGCCGAGAAAUUGAGAUCAUGUCGUCGCUCCGCCACCCGCACAUCAUCUCUAUAUACGAAGUGUUCGAGAACAAGGACAAGAUCAUCAUCGUCAUGGAGUACGCCAGCAAGGGCGAACUGUACGACUACAUCAGCGAGCGGCGGCGCCUGAGCGAGCGAGAGACACGACACUUCUUUAGGCAGAUCGUUUCUGCUGUGCACCAUUGCCAUAAGAAUGGAGUGGUCCACAGGGAUCUGAAACUGGAAAAUGUGCUACUGGAUGAAAACUGUAAUAUUAAGAUUGCUGACUUCGGCCUGUCCAACUUGUACCACAAAGACAAGCUUCUGCAAACCUUCUGCGGCAGCCCGCUAUACGCCUCACCAGAGAUCGUCAACGGGAGGCCGUACCGUGGGCCAGAGGUGGACAGUUGGGCUCUGGGGGUGCUGCUGUACACACUGGUGUACGGAACCAUGCCGUUCGACGGCGGCGACCAUAAGAACCUCAUUCGGCAGAUUAGCAACGGCGAAUACAAGGAGCCCACACAGUCCUCAGACGCACGGGGACUGAUCCGCUGGAUGCUAAUGGUGAACCCGGAGCGCCGCGCCACUGUGGAAGACAUCGCCAACCACUGGUGGGUGAACUGGGGCUGGAAGAACAGCGUGUGCGACUGUGACGCCCAGCACGACCACGGCGGCUCGCCCAUGCUGGCCCGCUUUAUCGACUGGCAGAACCGCACUGAGCCACGCGGUCCCACCGCCAAACCUUCCGCCUUGCCCCAGCUGCUGCUGCGCCAGAGACCCAAGAAGUCCAAGAAGGAAAACGUGGAGGAAGGUCAGGCGCACGGCGGGGGCGAGGACAAACCGGGUCUGAAGAGACCAAAGAGUAUCUUGAAGACCAGAGUGGCAGAGGAGCAACACUCGGCCAGGAUGGAGGAGGCGCCAACGAGCCAGACGGCGGCAGCGGAACGAGCUGAAGGUGGAGGGCACGUCUCCAGUCCAGAUCGAGACGGAGAAGAGCCCGCCUUUGGGGGAGGCUCGCCUGCAAAGAUGGUGCCCACCCUGCCCAAAAAAGGCAUUUUGAAGAACAACCAACAGCGGGAAUCAGGGUAUUACUCCUCCCCCGAGCGGAGCGAGUCUUCAGAGCUGCUGGGCGGAGCCAGCAUGACCGUGCUCGCCACCUCGCCGCCCAAGAGAGCCAUGGGAAGAAAGGGCAUCCUGAAGCGCAACGGCAAGUACUCCACCUACAGCGGACCCCCCUCCGCCGCCGCCGUGGCCGCCGCCGGAGGUCUGGGGGAGCCCCCCGCGCCGGCCGACUCGGGCCUGUCGCGCAGUCAGAGCCGCCCCUCCAGCAUGGUGGGGGAGGACAUGUCGCCCGGCAACAAGUGCGCCGAGUGGCAUCCCUCCACGCCGCACCGCCGCCCUAACAUCCGGGCGUGCGUGUCUGCCGAGAACCUGCUGCACCUGGCCAACUUCAAAGGCUUCCAGGCCGCGCCCACCAUCCUCCAGGCGCCCAAGUUCGGACGUGGCCCCAAAACAAAAGGCUCGCCUGGGGACAAUGGCAGCUUCUCAUUGCUGGGCGACCUGGAGGACAUGACUCAGGUGUACCAGCAAGCCCUGGACAUUAGCAGCAACCUCACUUAGCACACGGGCGCAGAGGCAGGAAGCGUGUGUGUGUGUGUGUGUGUGUGUGUGUGUGUGUGUGUGUGUGUGUGUGUGUGUGUGUGUGUGUGUGUGUGUGUGUGUGUGUGUGUGUGUGUGUGUUUAGGCAUUAACGACCAGUGUGUUACUGGGAUACACCUUUUGGGAGGUUGAGGUUUUCCAAAUAGGGCUGACAUCUUGAUGGGAAUGAUAUGUUUACCCACCACUCACACACACACACACACACACACACACACACACACACACACACACACACACACACACACACACACACACAGGUGUACACACUCAAGUCCACUUCUCAGGCCAGUGGAAACUUGGUCAGGGCUUUUUGUGAACAGGAUGGAGAGGGGAGUUGGCAGCAACACAAGCCACCCAAGUGUGUGUGUGUGUGUGUGUGUGUGUGUGUGUGUGUGUGUUCCCCUUUGUCACUCUCCUGCGUUCCCACAUGUUUACAUAUCCAACCAGAAGCGUAGAUUCCCACCCAUUCAGAGUUUACAAAAGCACCUUUGAUUAAUACACACAGAGCACACGCUUUUGUGAUCUUUUUAUUUUGGAAAGAAAAACCAACCAACCAGGGUCGUAUUCAAAAAGUUGCUCAUUAUUUAUUAUUAUUUGCCUCGCUUUGUUUUGUUUUGUUUUGUGGGCCGAACUUGAUGUUGGGUGUUGGCUGUUACCGGAGUCCAUAUAGUAAUGAAUAUUAUUAUUGAUGCUAUAUAAUUAGCAGAUAUAUACAGCUAUGUUGGCAAGUAUUUUGUCCUACAGUACUACAUAGUUGCAGUUAUUCAUAAUAUAGUACUAUUGCGUUAUUUUUCCAGCAAUAUCAUCAGAAAUUGUGCGAUACCACACGUACGUCACACCAUCCGUGACACGGAGAAAACGGCAUUUUUCCCACGAGACCGAUACACGGUGAUUGCGCGAUAUUUGGAAGAAGACACUUAUCAUUUCACAGCACAGUUAUUGUACGAUACGUGGCGAUCAUGUGCGAUACUAAAUAAUCACACAGCAAUGUCACCAAGAAUUGGAAGAAAACGUGCAACACAAAGUGAUAUCUUUAAGAGUAUGUUUUCGUAAAGCCUGUAAACCACCUCAGAAAGGGACUCUUUCUAAUAACAUUGAUUGUACGACGUAUCGGAAGAAAAACAAUGUACAAAACAUCACGAUAUUUCUAUAUAAUCCGACAAUAGUGAUAUCACAAUAUAGCAAUGGGCGAAAGGGUAUUUUUUCAACAAUACCGAUAUUAUAUGGAUUACGUAACAAACAUCGCAAUAUCAACGCAACCGAUUAUCAUUAUACAUCGAUAGUAUGAUACAGUUGAAGAAAGCUUUUUCACGAUGUAUCACUGAAAAAGGACCAGCAACACCCACAUCACAAUUCAGCCAUUGUAGAAUAUACCGUAAUCGUAAUACCCAACAAUACCAAUACAGUAACGGCGUCAUAUUUUUGGAAGAAUGACACGUGUCUAUGUUAAGGAGAACGAGAAAUCGAAGAAAACUGUGCGAUACAUCACAUUGUCCAUAAUGCUGAUAUCACGAUACAGCUAUUAUGUGAUAUAUCGGAAGAACACAACUCACAGGAGAGUCACAACAAGUCAAAAAUGACCAUUACAUCGACGACUUGUAUAGAUGUUUGGUCCCACCCCUACUGUAUACGUAGGAAUUGCCUUUUUUUCGUAAUUGUACGCCAAUACCCGCCGAGCCAAACCAAAUGGUGAGGUUUUUUUUUAAGGGGCUUCAAAGGUCAGCACAGUGUAGCGGUGCUUGAAUGACUGCCCCCUGCUGGUGCGGAGUUGUCGGACAUGUCAUGUUUGACAAGAGAGCUCAGCUUACAGCUUUGACACGGUCGGCGCUCCAUCCGUGUACACUCGGCCGCCGCGUCGAGCGAGCACAAUCAGCUGUUGUUUGAGAGGAAGUGGAUUUAAAUGGAAGAGGGAGAGGCGGAGGUUUAGAGAUGGGAAUGUAAAAGGAAGUGAGAAGAAAUAAGGGCUGUUCAACUGGCAAGGGGCCAAAUCCUGCAUGUUAAAUGUCAUCAAACUGGCGCUUUUGCAGUAGGUUCCUACAAACUGUAGUCAUAACGGCCCCGUUUACACUGCACACCAAAUCAGAUUUUUUUUGUUACCCUCGAGGGACCCAGAUUUGAUAUAAAAAAAAAUAUAUAUUAAUCAGAUUCAGGCCACAACAGGAGGUAGUCCGGAAUCCCAUUGGAAUCUGAUCUUUUCAAAUGUGACUUCAGUCUAAACGCAAUGUGACCCGAAUGUGAUUUUUUUUCGUCGUCUUUGGGCGAGCGACGUCACUCGUGGUGCGCCGGAAAGACACAGUGUCGCCAGCGGAAAUGGAUAUUUCAUCAUCCGGUUUCAGUUUUUAUUUAAGACGACCACAUUUUCAGUGCAUCACUUGUAAAUAGUGCACAAAUAAAUCUAUAUGUAAUAUAUGAAUAUAGGUUUUGAAAUAGCAAUUGUUGAAAGACCGGAAUUGACGCUGUGACACAUUUGUUUACAUGUGAGUUUAAUUUUUUUUUCCAGAUAUAUAUAUGUAUAUAUAUACAUAUACCGUAUUUUUCAGAGUAUAAGUCGCUCCGGAGUAUAAGUCGCACCGGCCGAAAAUGCAUAAUAAAGAAGGAAAAAAACAUAUAUAAGUCGCACUGGAGUAUAAGUCGCAUUUUUGGGGGAAAUCUAUUUGAUAAAACCCAACACUAAGAACAGACAUUUGAAAGGUAAUUUAAAAUAAAUAAAGAAUAGUGAACAACAGACUGAAUAAGUGUACGUUAUAUGAGGCAUAAAUAACCAACUGAGAACGUGCCUGGUAUGUUAACGUAACAUAUAAGUAAGAGUCAUUCAAAUAACUAUAACAUAUAGAACAUGCUAUACGUUUACCAAACAAUCUGUCACUCCUAAUUGCUAAAUCCCAUGAAAUCUUAUACGUCUAGUCUCUUACGUGAAUGAGCUAAAUAAUAUUAUUUGAUAUUUUACGGUAAUGUGUUAAUCAUUUCACACAUAAGUCGCUCCUGAGUAUAAGUUGCACCCCAAUCUAUGAAAAAAACUGCGACUUAUAGUCCGAAAAAU